AUCCCCCGUUCCGUUCCCAACCCCAAGACCUCAGAAAAGGAAGCCAUCACCGAGUCCAAGAAAGGGUGAGGGAUCCAUUAAUGGCGGUUAUCGUAGUCCUCCGCUGCGAGCGUCUCCGAGUCAGCACGGAGAGGGAGGGGGGCGUGGAAAGGAUAAAGGCGAUAGAAUCCGACACGGGACUUUAGAUGCUCCUCCACCUUUUGCUUCCUGUCCCUUUUCGCCCUCUCCGUGAGAUCUCGUCCAUCUAUUCGCUGCGCUCUUCUACCCCAGAAGACCGCAUCUAGCUUCCAUCUCACGCUACUGCUCGCUUCUAGUCCCGUCGUUUCACCCGAUGACUACUUAAACGGCUCCAUUUUGUGUAGAUUAUUCUUUCCUUCUUUUAUCUGAAGAAAUUUGGGGCCGGUGGUGGUGAUGUCGCCUGUGGGCGCCGGCGGAGGCGGACGAACGAUGUCGUGGCAUGAGGAGCUUGCGAGCCUGGUGGAGGACGCCGGGAUCCAGUACACCGCCGGCGUGGAAGCGGCGGCGGCGGCGGCGGCGCCUGCGGAGGGGGUGGUUGGGGAUCCGAGAGGCAGGGUAUUCGGGGAAGGGUACUACGGGGACGAGGACGGGGCGGCGCCGGUGGAGGAGAGCUUAAAGGAUCAGGUGAAGGGUUUCUUGGUGGCGACGGCGGAGAUGCUUCAAGAGUUGGGGCGAGGGUGCCGGGAUAUAGUGCAGCAGAGCCUGGAGGGGGCGGAGGACGCCUACGUCGUCAAGAAGCUCCGGGGACCGUUGGCCGCAGCGUCGAGCCGGCUCAGUUUCUUGAACGAGUACCUGCCGGAGGAUCGCGAUCCAAUGCAUGCUUGGCCGGUCGUCAUCUGCGUGUUCCUUCUCGCGCUUACAGCAUUGAAUGUAAAUAGCGGAAAUGUAACUUCGGUGCAACAACCAAAGCAACUGUACAUAGGCCCCCCAAAUGCAAGUCGAAUCCAACUUCCAGAUGGAAGACACAUGGCAUAUCAGGAACAAGGAGUUCAAGCUGAAAGAGCUAGAAUUUCUUUGAUAGCUCCUCAUUCCUUUCUUUCAUCUCGAAUGGCAGGACUGCCUGGCCUUAAAACAUCACUCCUAGAGGAGUUUGGAGUUCGAUUGGUUACAUAUGACCUCCCAGGUUUUGGUGAAAGUGAUCCUCACCCGAGCAGAAAUCUUAAUUCAUCAGCCCUGGAUAUGCUUCAUUUAGCAAAUGCUCUGGGAGUUACAGACAAGUUCUGGGUGAUGGGCUACUCAGCUGGAAGCAUGCACACGUGGGCAGCUGUUCGCUAUAUUCCUGACAGACUCGCAGGUGUAGCUAUGUUUGCUCCAAUAGUUAAUCCAUAUGAUUCCAGCAUGACCAAGGAAGAGAAACGUAAAUCCUGGGAAAAGUGGACAAUGAAGAGGAAAUUGAUGUAUGUUUUAGCUCGGAGAUUUCCUUCUCUUCUUCCAUAUUUUUAUCGCCGAAGCUUUCUAUCAGGAAAACAAGGGAAGCUUGAACAGUGGUUAUCAUUGUCAUUGGGGAAGAAGGAUAAAUCUUUAUUGGAAGAACCAAAUUUUAGUGAAUUCUGGGAGAAGGAUGUUGCAGAAUCAGUUCGCCAGGGACACUCUAAGCCAUUUGUGGAGGAAGCUGUGCUGCAAGUAUCAGAUUGGGGUUUCAACCUGGCUGAUGUUCAGGUGCAGAAGCCACAUCAGGGUCAAGGCCUUCUUCAAUGGCUCAAGUCCAUAUACAGUCCAGCUGAACGCCAGUGGACAGGCUUUCUUGGUCCAAUACACAUUUGGCAGGGUAUGGAUGAUUGGGUGAUGCCACCGUCGAUGACUGAAUUUGUACGUCGAGUAGUUCCAGGAGCCACCGUGCAUAGACUGCUAGGCGAAGGUCAUUUCUCCUAUUUCUGUUUCUGUGAUGAGUGCCAUAGACACAUAUUUUCUACCCUUUUUGGCAUUCCUCAAGGUCCUCUGGGCAUUCCUCAAGGUCCUCUCGGCAUUGCUCAAGGUCCUCUCGGCAGCCUUUUGGAGGAGGAUCAGCCAUCACCUGAAGAAAUCUGUGAAGAAACUGCAUGGCAUAACUGUACUGAACAAGAAUGAAGGAAAAUCUUUUUUCUUGAUAGUUAAAUUCAAACUUUUGGGUGGGAAAUUUGUAGAUACAUAGUAUAUUUCUUUUCAAUCUAAUUUUUAGAGCGAAAUAGCCUUCUAUUUCUGAUUGGUGACUGAAAUGAGAUAUGGCUUUUGGUUGCUGCCUGAGGUUAGAUUAGAAAAUUUUCAAUUAUUGUUCUGUAACAAUACCUUGGAAAAUUUUGUAAUCACUGAGUUGCCAUAUCAAGGUAUGGAGAAGCUAUCAAGGCCUUGCUUUGUUGCAA